UUUCUUUAUGUGACUCUAAAAUGAGACACAUCUGCAAAUUUUAAGGUAUACCUUGUUAAGGAAUGAAAGUACUCAUUUUUAUUUUACCAGUGCAGUUUACACAUUAUAAACCGCGAAUAUGAUUUUUUUUUAUGACGCGGAACAAAAUUGUUCUGGAGAUCAGGAUCGUUUAAGAAGGCAAAAAAACAUUUAUGUGAGCAAGCCCAAAAAGCCAUGUAUGGGGUUAUAUGAAAAAUUAGACAAUAUAUAAUCUAUCAGUUGAAUGUCAACUUGAUUUGUUCGAUAAAGUUGUUGCACCUGUACUUUUGUAUGGUUGUGAGAUUGGGGGUUCGAAAAUCUUGACAUUAUUGAGCGAAUGCACUUAAAAUUUUAAAAUAUAUUUUCAACUUAAAAAGUAGUACUCCAAAUUAUAUGGUCUAUGGAGAAACUGGCCGCUUUCCUUUAUAUGCAACAGUGUAUACAAGAAUGAUUUCUUACUGGGGAAGGUUAUUUUUAAAUCCAGAUAGUAAGAUUGUGUGUAGUUUGUAUAAGUAUGUACAUGAUCUAUUCUGUAGAGAAAGUCAUAAGAAUUCUUGGUUAUCUUGUAUUAAAAAUAUUUUUGAUCUUUGUGGACACUCCAAUAUAUGGAAUGAACAAGCAUUUUUUAAUACAAACUGGUUAAAAAUUACUGUUGAACGACGUCUUAAAGAUCAGUAUAUACAGAAAUGGCAAAGUGAUAUACGGGAGUCAUCUAAGGGUGAAACGUAUAACAUUUUCAAAAGUGAAUUUGGGUUUGAAAAAUACUUAAAUACUUUACCUAAAAAACUUCGAACAAUAUUUAUUAAAUUUAGAACUUCAAAUCACCAACUCCCAGUAGAUACUGGAAAAUGGUGUGGCACUCCUAAACCACAAAGUUUCAAAGUUGAAAGAACUUGCCAUAUCUGUAAUACGGGUCAGAUAGCUGACGAAUACCAUUUUAUCCUUGAAUGUAAGUUUUUUUAAUGUUAUAGAAGAAAGUAUCUGUGAAGAAAAUAUUGUCACAAACCUAACUUUUUUCAAAUUUUCAGAGUUAAUGUCAACUUCAGACCCUAAUGUACUUAUCAAAUUGUGUAGUUUUAUAUCUAAAAUAUAUGACCAAUUCUGUCCUCCUUAACUCAUUUUAUGUAUAUAAAACAACUCCCUGCUUUUUUCACGUGUACCUUGCAUAUAAUAUAUUCUAUUUGUAAAUAUUGUAUAUAUUGUACCUCAUGUACCAUAAUAUGGUGUGAGUGAAUAAAGUAAACUGAAACAGGAGAAUAUAAAAGAGAAGAGGGGUUAAAUGUUUUGCAACGUCAAUCCUGUAGGACUUCAUAUGGUGUGACUGAACGGUGACAGGAAAAAUGUUGAUAAAUUCAAAUGAACCAAUCGAAUUGCGUUUUACAAGUGAAAUUACAUUGUUUUAGGAUAAAUGAUUCCUAAUUUCAGUUGACCCGUAGAUAACUAUCAGCGAUAAAUAUUGCAUUAGAUUAUACUGAAAAACGUUAAAAAUAUUUUCCUUUUUUAAACGAUGCGAAACUAAUGGAAGGGUAUACGGUGUAGGAAUACUAUCAUACAGUGACGUAAGCACAGUGCCGGGAUUACAUUUCCUUUACCGCAAGGGACUUUCUCAUCUCAUUGCGAAGUCGCAGAUCGCAUGUAGUCAUGUAAACAGACAGGAAAAGCACGCCACAACGAUGGUGUAUAAAUUCAUUUCAAAUAAUAUGAGCUAAGAUAAAAGUAACAUUAUGGACUAUGGCUGCAGCCCUAAGGUUUAUAAAAAUAUAAUAAAAUUUCUGUCAUCGCUACAAAGGCUUAUUUUACUUUCAGAACGUGGUCAAUACUGGCAUAUAGAUUUCGGUCUAGUUGGAAUGCAAUGAAUUUAAGAAGAAACGAAGAAAGCAAGUCAAUACUGGGGGAUUGCAGGCACCUGCUUUCUGCACCUGUGUAUUGGAAAGGAAUUGCCCCCAAAGUAAACAAUGCACAGGCAAAACAAAACAGAACCAGUCUUUUAAUUCCAUAUAUUUAAAGGCUUUUUUCGUCGGGUUAAUUGAUCGUAUUGAUUGGAUUAAAUACUUAAUUGUUUCCUUGAAGAAAGAUUGAUGCUAAGCAAGCGAAAGUUCACAAUAAGUAUAAUGAACUGUCACGUUUUGUAAAUAUAAGUCAGGUAUGGUAUUUUAUAAUAGAAAUUUUAAAAUACAUGUAAUGAUAAUCACUCCAUUUACAUGGAAUUCCUAUCUUAUUCCUAUAUCGUAUUUCUCGAAUUUCGCCAACGUCCAGAAAGACUUGCACUUUUCACCAACAGAAAAUGUAUACAUGCAACUUUAGAUAAUACAUGCAAUUCAAAGAAUUUUACAAAACCUCUUAUUUGCCUUUGCAUAUGAACAUAAAAUUACUGCUUUUCUUACAAAUUUAAUCAAUUUAAAGUUGUCAUGUAUGUUGUUGGCACUGUACACCACUCUGAAAACGUGCACUGUUCUUAUAAAUUCACUGUGUUUAUAAAAAAAUAUAUAUAUAUAUUUAAGAUAGAUUAUGAACUUAUAAUUUAUAAUUUCAAAUGUUUUAUUCUAAUGUAUUGUAAUACAUACAAUAUUCGGAAAGACUAGAAUUUAUGGUAGAGGGUGAUAUAGAAAACAAGGCAUAGAUAAAGAUAAAUACGUUUAGAAAGAAAUCUAUGUAGACUUUACGUUAAAUUCAAAUACAUAAAUGGUUUUUAUUUUCUUUCUUUCUCUCAUUUUAGAACUUUUUAUUUAGAUUUGAAAAUUUCUUGAAUUUCAAAAAACUCUAAACUUCAGCUGAAACUUUGAAGUGUAUAUAAUCCAUCCAGGCUAACAAGAACAGAGAAAAAAAUUAUGUUUAACAUGACGAAUAUCCAACGAGCGUAUUACUAGAACGUACGAUAACGUAAAUGAUGACGCCAGAGACAAAGAAACACCGUAUUAUGCAACUUUCACAAACUGAGAAAUAUCAAUAACAUAUUAAAAUAUCUUUCGUGUUUGAAUAGCAUUGACCCUAGAACUUAUACCAUUAAAAUAGGAAAAACCAGUGAAUGAAAGCCAUAGAAGAGAAAAAUUACAGAUGGCGAUACAACUGAUGUGCCUAUCCCGACAAUCCCUGUUGAAUGAUAAAGAGAAAUAUUUCAACAGUACAAAAUUAGAUUACGUAAGAGUGAGAGAGAAAUAAAAUUAAAGAAAAACAACAACCAAUUAAAAAAAUUCUGUUAAAUUUUAUCAACAGCUUGAAAAGCCUACAAAUGUGUUGUGAAUACACAAAUAAACAUGUGAGUCAUACAUAUAUACACAACAUAAUCGCACAAUCCGCUUCUUCGUUCAGUUCAAGCAUUCAUCUAAUCUCUUGUUCGUAAAUUCUUAGCCAGGCUUAGAGCAAUUAUUUUCUUUUCUGAAUAAUCCCUGCGUUACGCUCUGAAGAGAACUGAAAUUACAGGGCGCGCUAAAUAUACAAAGAUUUUCGGUUACAUGGGAGUGUUACCUGAACCCAUGCAAUACAAGAUUUAACACAAUACACAAACUUAAGAAACAUGAACAAAAAUGUAAAUAACGUUUACCCGAGUAAAUAGACACACAAUUGAUCAACUAUGCGCUGGUAGGUUUAAAUAUUUUACGGGAGAGGGGGUUUAACGUGUUAUCGUGCACAGAUAAGAACCUCUUUAUUAUAAUGCAAUAUCUUAGUCUGCAAAAAGUUUUUUAUUGGAUUAAACUCAAUUGGCCGCCGGCAUGCCCCUUCGCAGUGUUGGGAAAACACGUGUACAGAUACACACAGCAUUGAAAGACCCCCAUUCCCUUAGCUUGGAAGAAAAUACCAUUGUAUUUAUAACUACCGGUGUGUAGAAUCAAUAAUACGCGAAUUAGCUCUCUUCUGAAUAAAACGUUGUGUAUUGAAUUGCAGAAGGUAACGGGCUACGUAUGGGUACACGGAUUAUCCAAUUAGCAACGAAACCGGCGCCACUGCUGCGCCAAACCCAUUAACUUGAAUAAAUUGAAGUGCAAUUAGACACACUGGUCAGCCGGGACUCGCAGAUAACUCUUACAAGACUUAUCGCCAUUCAUUGUUAUUUUUAUUUCCAAAGCAAACAGUUCCCCGUUGCCUUCAUGGAACCUCAAUAGUCGUUAUAACAACUUGUGACGUUGAACACACUCAGUCACGUGUGAAAGAUGGGUUUAUAUCACUCCGCAUAGCUUAAAAAAUCCAAAACAGCGAAAUUAACAUUUGUCAGGGUAGUGUUUAUGAAAUUACAUUUCGUAAUCUGUAAAUAAUUUAUUGACUCUGGUUGUAUUUAUUGCGAAAGUUGUAGAAAUGGGUCGAUAAAAUCGAACCGUGAAGAUUGGUUUCUUUUGUUGGAGCUCCACGACAAGUAGUGCUCAGGUCAGAAUCUGAAAAAUAUGGUGGAUUUAAUGGAAUCAAUGUGGAUUCUUAUAUCGUAACAGAAAAUCUCUUUUCCUCCCUUGAUUAGCACAAAUGGUCCCCUCAAAUUUCCCGGAGGGGAUGUCGAACAUAAAUAUUUUCGAUCUGUGAUGGGUUGUAUGAGUUCCAAAUUGGUGCCCGAGGGCCCUGGGAAUCAAUCAGUCGUACAAGUGUAUAACAAUGAGCGCAACAGAGAAUACAAUCACAGGAAUCCACAUCAGAAGCAUUCUAAAGACCCCAAGGAUUCUGUCGGUCCGCCGACGGACGGUCAGAAUGGACAGCGGAACAACAGAAAGGUGAAAAAGUACCGUGAUAAGUUUGAUCCACGAGUGACGGCCAAAUAUGAUAUAAAGGCAUUAAUUGGAAGAGGCAACUUUAGCAAAGUUGUCCGAGUUGAACAUAGGGUGUCCAAGCAGCCCUAUGCGAUAAAAAUGCUGGACAGAGUACAAGGGAGGGAAGUUUUCGAAUCGGAGGUAGCGGUCCUUCGAAGAGUGAAACAUAAUUACAUCAUUCAGUUAAUUGAAGUUUUCGAAACGAAGGAUAAAGUGUACAUGGUUAUGGAAUUAGCAACUGGUGGAGAAUUAUUUGACCGUAUCAUUGCGAAAGGCUCCUUUAGUGAGAAGGAUGCCACAAGGGUACUCACAAUGGUCUUAGACGGUGUGAAAUACUUGCAUGGAUUAGGAAUUACUCACAGAGAUUUGAAACCUGAAAAUUUGCUUUAUUAUCAUCCGGGUCAUGAUUCCAAAAUUAUGAUAACUGAUUUUGGUCUCAGUGCCACGAAAAAAGGAGCGGAUCAAUUUAUGAGAACCACGUGUGGCACACCCGAAUAUAUUGCACCCGAAAUCAUUGCCAGGAAACCUUACACCUGCCAAGUGGACAUGUGGGCAGUCGGUGUGAUAACGUACAUUCUACUUAGUGGUACUAUGCCGUUUGACGACGAGAACAAAACAAGAUUAUAUCGACUCAUCCUCAAGGCAAAAUAUAGCUAUGCCGGGGAGCAUUGGAAGGAUGUAACACCUUAUGCUAAAGAAUUUAUCGAUAGACUUCUUGUUGUCGAUCCCGAACAUAGGAUGACGUCAGAAGAGUCGCUAAAACACCAAUGGCUAACGAAUGCAAAUGCUGCCGGCAGCAAAAAUCUCCACCGUACGAUUAGCCAAAAUCUCAUUCAUCGUCAGUCUAUCCGAAGCUCCAAGAGUGCCAAGUCGACCCGCUCUACAAAGAGCAACAAAUCAAACCGUUCAGGAAGGUCCCUCCGAUCAGAGCAUCGCCGAGUUAUGCCGGAAGAAAUCGACGAGUUACAUCGUAAUCCAGAGGUGCAGGCCGACUUGAUGUCCAUUGGUUGAAAAUAUGUGGAUUUUGUUUUAUUUCUUCACAAUAUCAGGGUCAGUACCACACCGUCUACGUUUAUUAUAAGAGUCACGUGGUGCUUUGAAAUCAGUCGGUUUAAGAAAUUCGCCAUUUGGAGGGUACUAAAUGGUGCCAAUACUUUAAUUUCAAAGCACCUAGUUGAGAAAAUACAGUGCCUCUACAGGUGUCUGAUGCAUUAGUGCCAAACACAAACCAAUAUACUGUGAUAUGGUCUUUAAACUCGCAUUUUUACACUCUAUAUGAGCUGUGCAACUCGGGAUUACUGAACUUGAAAUAUUUCAAAAUUUUGUUAUUCAAAAACUCUAAUGAGAUUAACACAUAUCUUUAUAAUUGUUUUCUGCAGAUGAAAAUCUCCUGAAAGUAUUAACCAAUUUGGUUUUAUGUAUUUACCUGAUCAAAAGAUUUCUUAAUCCAAAAAUAAUACUUACUCUAAAAAUAGCUCAUAUAAAGUACAUUGCAGUGUAGUGCAAGUCAUCACAUUGUAAAUUUCCUCCCACCAAUCUAGUCACGUGAUUAAGUAUAUUCGAUUCCCUUUUCAAUUUCAUUACCUAUUUGACAUCAUCACCCUAGCACAUUCAUUAGAUGAUAAAGCUGUAAUGAAGAAAUGAAAUUACAGGGAAAAUUGGACUGUACUUAUAUUAACUGUAUAUAUGUAAAUUUCUGUUGAACAAAAUAUAUUUUGCAUUUAUGUUUUAUAUUUAUCAAUGUUAAUGAGCCAGGGAUUUUUACAUGGAAAUAUCUGACUAUAAUUUAAAAAAAAGAACGUAACAAAUUUUGUGAUGUCAUGUUCAUUUAGUUACAUAAUUGUUGAUCAUAUUGAUUAUGGAAAAUCGUAAAAGAGAACAUGUUCAUCUGUUAAAGAAUGGCAAAAUAUUGAGUAUUGAUGGUUUUAUGAGGGUUUUUUGUAGAGUAUUUUCUUUAGCGCGACGACUUUGCUGAAGAAAAUAUUAUCAACAUUGGUUUCCGCUGGUUGUUCACAUUUUACAUUUUUAUUUUGUACGUAAAGUGAAUAUUGCCAAUCUGACGGGUGUUACACUUCAUCAUUUCAAUAUAUCAACUGCUGACCUUUUUAUACUUACAAGUGCUACUGUUCUGUUUGCCUUUGUUAAAAUUGUUUUUAUUAAUCUUUGUUUAACCUUUCAAGUGCCAUGUUAAGGAGGAAGUUUAUUGAUGUAUUUUAAGAGAAAUUUGUUUAAAUACAACAGGUACUAUUUUUUUUUUAAAAUUACUUAUUGAAACCUUGUUACGUUUCGUUUAUAAGUGCUUAAAAUUGUCAUAGGUAUACUAUGACUAAAACCAUUGUUAAAAUUUGCGUGAAGGGCUGCAUAUACAAGAUAUAGUAAAACUGUAUGUUUCUGUCCCUUUCUUCACUUCGUAGUAUAGCUUAUUAUAUGUACAGUCAUAUGUUACAAAUAUUUUAUCAGCUGUUAUUUAAGCAUAAGUAUUAUUAUUUUUAUUUUUUGUCAGCCAAAUUGUGCCUUUACAGUGAAUUAUAUUGUUGUUUUAAGGCUAACCGUCCAAAGUCGAAAUAAUUUUGAAAGUCUCACUUUUCCGUUGCUUAGAGUCAAUGUAUACCGUCCUUAGUAACGAUAUCGAUAUUGCUUGUGAUAGAACAAUUUUACAAAAACUUUCUUACAGAGAGUGUAUGGAUUUUGAUGGAAAGAAUCGUCUUAAAAGAUCUGAUUUUUUCUAAUGAAUAUGGUAUCGUAGAGAAAAUAGUUUAUGUUUUUAUUUCAUAUUUCAUUAUCAACCUAAUGCCACAGUGUAGUGUUUUCAGUAACGACUGCAUUGUGACGACUAUUUGUUAACACGUAAUUGAAAUGUUUUUUGUAAGUCAUCUUCUAUCUCAAUAGAUGUUAUAAACUUAAUAAAACUGAUAUUAAUAAUGA